GAAGGAUCAUGUGACACUGAAGACUGGAGUAAUGAUGCUAAAAAUUCAGCUUUGAUCACAGGAAUAAAUUACACUUUACUAUAUAUUCACAUAGAAAACAGCUGAUUUACACUGGAAUAAUAUUUCACUGUUUUACUGUAUUUUUGAUCAAAUAAACACAGACCUGAUGAGCAGAAGAGACUCUUUCAGAAACUUUCCGUAUUGAUUUUUUUUUAAUCAUUGUGUUUAAGGGUUAAAGGAAACAUCUGCAAACUUAAUGCAAAAUGUCCAACUUUCUACUGAUGUUUUGUUUGCUUACAGUGUGCAUUAUUAAUUUUAAUAAAGUGUAGUUUGUUUAAUUCCUGAUAUUCAUCCGUCAGGAGGAGCAGCAGUGACCGUAUUCUGUGUCCUCCUGACCGUCACGUGAGAACACAUGGACACGUGCUGCUCCGACGAUUAGUGCCGGACAUUAGAUCAACGACACACACUGCCCACUUCACACUGCUCUGGACAGCUGAUAUCAUUCCUAUAUCAUAAUUAUAUAGUUCUGCUUGUGCGUCUUAUGAAAGAGAAUCUCUUUUCUGUCCUGUUCCGCAUUUACACUUCCACUCUGCUGUUAUUCUGCUUCACUCUUGUUGGUUCCUGUAUAAUUAAUUGCUUGUUUUUCUCAUUUGUAAGAGUUUUAGAUGUUAUUUACGCUAAAAAAUUAACACUAAGAUUAAUAAAUGCUUUACACUGCAAAACAUGAUGUUCUUCCUCAGUGUUUCUGUCUUGUUUUCCAGCACAAAUAUCUAAACAUUCUUAAAUCAAGAUACAUUUACUGGAGAAGAGAAAUGACUGAAGAUGAUAUUAAGACUGAAAAAUGAAUUAGAAUGAAGUGAGUUUGUGCUUAAAACAAGAUCAAAUAUCUGCUAAUGGAGUCAGAAAAAUAAACUGAAUUCAAAGGGAAAAUUCUGCACAUUCAUGCACUCUUUGUGAAUGAUCUUUUGUGCCACUCCGUGUGAAAUGGAUUCGUUCCUCUCGGAGUCACUCGACAUAAAGCGCCGCUCCGCUGAGCUGCUCCAUCACCUCCAGCCUCCACCUCCAGCUUCUCUGAAGCUUCUCGUCAGUGUCCCACAAUGGAAGACGUGAUCUCUGGAGAGUUCUGCAGGGAUCUGGGAAGAGCGCUGUGCAUCAUCACGGGAGCCUCCAAAGGCUACGGCCGGACGCUGGCGUUCCAGAUGAGCCGUCUGCUGAAGCCCGGAUCCGUCCUGCUGCUGGUGGCCCGAACCGCGGAUCAGCUGAACGAGGUCAAGGAAGACAUCGUGACCCUGUACGGCGGACAGAACAAACCGGACGUCCGCUGCGUGCAGGCGGAUCUGGAGAAGACGGAGGGCGUGGAGAAAACGCUUCAGGCGGCUAAAGAGACGCCCUCGUCUGAAAUGGACCACUUACUUCUGAUCAACAACGCAGGCUCUCUGGGCGACAUAUCUCGCUUCGCUCAGACGUUCACGGACCCCGCGGAGGUCAACCGGUACCUGUCGCUCAACGUGAGCGGCGCUCUCAGUCUGACGGCUGGCGUUCUGCAGGCGUUUCCUCGUCGUCUCGGCCUGCGGCGCACGGUGGUCAACAUCAGCUCUCUGUGUGCACUGAAGCCCUUCCCGUCGUGGGUCCUGUACUGCACCGGGAAAGCCGCCCGGGACAUGAUGUUCCGAGUGUUGGCCGAGGAGGAGCCGGACGUCCGAGUGCUGAGUUACGCUCCGGGUCCUCUGGACACAGACAUGCAGCUUCAAGCGCGCCGUUUCUCUGGAGACCUGACGCUGCGCCGCUCCUUCUCCUCCAUGUGUUCCGACGGUCAGCUGCUCUCCUGCCAGGAGUCCGGAGCCAAACUCAUGAAGCUCCUGCUGGACGACGACUACCCGUCCGGCGCUCAUCUGGACUUCUACGAGCUUUAGGAGAGAUUCAGAACCACAGCUUGUGUACAUACAGAGUUACCCUGCAAAACAUGAUGUUCUUCAUCAGCGUUUCUGCACAAAUCUAAACAUUCAAAAUCAAGAUACAUUUACUGGAGAAGAGAAACGACUGAAGAUAUUAAAUGAGUGAGUUUGUGCUUAAAACAAGAACAAAUAUCUGCUAAUAAAGUCAGAAAAAUAAACUUGUUUUCAUUUUGAAUUCAGAUUAUUUUUCUGACUCCAUUGGAUAUUUGUUCUUGUUUUACUCACAAACUCACUUCAUUUUGAUUCAUUUUUCAGUAAAAAUGAUUUAUAAAUAUUUAAAUAUUUGUACUAAAAAAAGACAAUAAUGAAAAUCAUGUUAUACCAUGUUGUUGAUAGAUUUGUAUUCUUUUUAUUAAUUUUUAAUCUACAUUAAAUAUCUGUAAAUCUGUUUAGAAAUAUGCACAU